AUGCUGGAGCUCAGUGUUAUGCUCGUUUUCACGUCUCAACCAGGCAGUAGAUCAAAUGGAGGACUUGAACGCAGCAAAACUCCAGGGGUGAAACUGCCAUAUAGUGUUCACGAGAUCAUGAACUGCUGGAUACUACAGAUGGGUUUCCCAGUAGUCACCAUUGACACUCGAACAGGGAAUGUCAGCCAAAAGCACUUUCUUCUGGAACCAGAAGCAGUGGUGGAUAGGAAAUCUGAAUUCAAUAAUGAAUGGUGUGUGCCCAUCAAAUGGAUGAAGAAAGGCCAGGUGCAGGAUCAGCUGUGGCUUCUACAGAAAUCAGCUAUACACAAACCCAUGAAAGUCAGCAAAAAUGAAUGGGUGCUGGCUAACCUCCAUGUGUCAGGAUACUUCAGAGUGAACUACGACCUUGUGAACUGGGAGCGACUUCUCAGCCAACUGGAGUCAAAUCACCAGGUGAUACCUGUGGUAAACCGAGCUCAGAUUCUGGAUGAUACAUUUAAUCUAGCAAGAGCAUCCAUUAGAAACAUAACACUCGCUUUGAGAACAACUAAAUAUCUCCUGCAUGAGCAGGAAUACAUUCCAUGGGAGGCAGCGCUUCGCAAUCUGAACUAUUUUUUCCAGUUGUUCGAUCACAGUGAAGUAUACGAUGCAAUGCAGGCUUAUCUUAAGAAACAAGUCAAACCGCUAUUUGAAUAUUUUGGGACUAUCAGCUCAAACUGGACAACAGUUCCUUCUGGCCACACUGAUCAGUACCUGGAAUAUACUAUGAACCCAGAAAAGAUACGCAAACAGGACGCCACUUCUACCAUUGGGUACAUUGCCAGUAAUAUUAUUGGCCAACCUUUGGCAUGGGACUUUGUCCGGGCAAACUGGGACUAUUUCUUUCAAUUGUACGGCACUGGAUCAUUCACUUUCUCCAGAUUAAUUAGUGACGUCACCAACAGAUUCUGCACACCAUUCGAACUCAGUCAGUUGAAACGCUUUCAAAAGGACAACGCUGAGACCAGAUUCGGCUCGGGAUCUCUGUGCUGUGAGAUCAGAGUAAUUCAAAUACUACUUCAGUAA